AUGUAAAAGAAUGAAGAAACUGUCAAAUUAGAUACUUCUAAUCUAAAUACAAUACUUAAUGAAGAGGAAUUCUACUCUAAACCUUUAAAUGCUGAAACUAAUAUCUUCAAAAGAAUAUUUCUAUUGAAUGUAUAAGAUUAUAUGAAUAAUCUAUAUACUGAAAUCGUAAGUAAAGACAUUAAAUUUAAUUUUUCACAUACACCUCCACUAUAGGAUAAUUAGAAGAUUGAAGUUGAUAAACUUGAAAAUCUUCUUAAUCAAAAAUCAUCUGAAAUUACCAAAAUGUCCCUAUUCAAACUAUUUUUCCUAUAAUAAAAAUCAAAAUUUGCUUUAAUUUUAUUUGUAUUAGCACUUUUCUCAAUCUCAAAAUGUGGAAUAUCUAUUUUAUUAUCUACACUAAUAGAUUCAAUAUAAUAAGACUUACCAAUUAAAUAUGCAUAUGGUAUAGGAUUAGUUUUAUUAAAUGGAUUAUCAAUCAUAUGUCAACAUUAAUUCUAUUCAAUAGGUUAUGAAUAUUCUACAAUCGUAAGAAUGAGUAUGGCUAAUAUACUCUAUCAUAAAAUCUUUAAGUUACACACUUAUUAAAUCAAAAAUACAAAUUAAGGAAAAAUAAUCAAUAUGAUUUCAGCAGAUCUAAAUUUAUUGGAACCUUUCUUAAUUUAUAUGUUUGUUGUAUUAAAUCUACCAAUAGCCUUAGGAUUAACAGCUGCUAUAUUAUGGAUCAGAUUUGAUGGUCCUUAAGGUUUACUAUUAUUGGCUUUACUAUUUCUUGCUUAUCCUAUUUAAUUGUUUUUCACUCAUAGAAUUACAGUAUUAGUCAAAAAAACUAAGGAAUAUGCAGAUUAAAGAGUUAAAUUGACAAAUGAAUUUAUUGAAGGUAUUAGAUUAAUUAAGAUGUAUGCAUGGGAACAGUCUUUUAUUAAAAGUAUUAGAAAUCUAGCACAUUAAGAACAUUUUGCUUAUAUAUUAACACAUCUCUAAUAUGUUAUAUUGAGAGGAACUACCUUUUUUAGUCAAAUGUGGGCAAGUGCAAUAUUUUUUAUGAUUAUGCAUUAUGGAGAAUUUUAUGAAAUUAAUGUUUCAAUAAUGUUAUCAACAUUAUAAUUGGCUGCUUUUGCUAGAUUUUUUUGUGUUAUGGAAUUAUUGAAUUAUAAAUUCAUUUUUAAUUAUUAAUUAAAUUAAGUUUCUAUAAUUUAUCAUCUUUUGGAUUAGAUUUUAUUGCAAAUUUAAAAAUAGUCUUAGAAAGAAUGA